CCCAAUUCGCUAUUUUUAUAUAGAAUCGAACACAUAACACUAUGCACCAUCACCAAGCACCAUCCAUUCAAGAAACACACCCACAUGCACAACCGGAAUGCCACGGAAUCUACCACCGACUCAACAACAAAGCCAUGACCAAAACCAUGGAAGACCGCAACACACCCCAAUAUUUCCACCAGUGCAGUAUCUAGACCACCAGCACGAGGCGCCCAGACCACAAAGCCAGCAACCAGAUGCAACUACUACAUUCUUAAAACCCACAUCGCUAACAUCUACCAGAUCACAGACACCCGAUAUGACAUAUCCGACUGUCAAGGCAACCAGACAUUUGCAUCUACAUACAUACAUACACACACACACACACACACACACAUACAUGCUAUAACGUCCAAGCAUUUAACUCAAAAUCAACUGCCAGCAAUCCAGCCAGUCCAGUUUACCUCCAACAGACGUUGAAAGAAAGAAAGAAGGAAAAUCUUGUUUUGGUUCCCUUGGCACGGAGCUAACGUGAAGCCCGGGAGGUGUUGUAAGGCACCACGUCGGAUUGAGCUGGCAGGCAGGCCGG